UCGCUCCUGCAGACUGUCCAUAUAAGUAUUUAACUGUUUCGCUCACGUGGGAGCGUGUCCAUGACGUAGCAAUGUGUUGGAGAACCUGCUUCUCGCUGGAACACGCUCUUCACUUUCAAAAAGAGCGCGACCGCGAACGCACGCACCGCCAAUAUUUGUGUUAUUAACUUUGUGUGAAAAUGACGGUGAAUAAGACAACCAAGACGAAAAAAAAGAGCACAGCUUCGACCUCCUCGACAACGGCAAGUACCUCCAAAGUCACCAAAUCGACAAAAACACACGGCGAGCUAUCGCAAGCCUCCUCUUCGUCCAGUUUGCAAAUUUCCGAUAUUUCGCAUUUACCGGUUGACGCUAACAUCGUCACAUACACGGUAACGGAGACUUUACCGACCGGAGGCGGCGAGAAAAUCACAGUGUAUGGCGAAACUGGCGCCACAAGCACUGAAUACCGCCACUUUAUCGCCCAAGAUUCGACAGCGAAACAACACUCCGCCACUAUCACACAACUCAGCUCGAAACUAAACCGCUCCACUUCGAACAUAUCGCAAGAAUCCGGCUCCACGUACACUGUAACCGAACCGGUGGAAGAACUCAAACUAACUUACAAUAAAAACGAUUCUGGAUGGAACGGGAAGUUCGUUUACGAACAACCUGUCACAAAAAAGGGACAAGGGACAGUUGUCGAACACUCCUCCACGUCCACGUCACACGAGGAACGUUCUUCAAUUGCCAAAAGUUCGUCCAGUAGUUACGUUAUCGAAAUAGUCGAUGGUAAAGAACGCAUAAUUGACCAGAAACACCAUGAGUCCGCCAGUGCGUCUUCUGCAGUCAAUGACGAACAUUUGGCCAUGAAAAGUGGCACUAACAUCACACCAGAAGUGCACUACAAGCAAGGGGCGAAGAAAAGUUCGACAAAGUAUGAUACUGCUAUUCCUGAACUAACACAACCCAAAACUAAAACUUCCGAAUCUGUGAGAGAAGUGCACCAGGUCGGAGACUCCGUUUCGACGACAGCUCACUCCAUUAGCGACUCGACAAAAGGACACAAAUCGAUCCAUCACGAUUCCAAAAGCAAAACAAGAGAUUCCUUAGGAAAGUCAACAAAGGGGGAAGAACAUAAAGUGACAAAGAGCGAAGUUGAUUUCUCUCACGGUUCCAAAACCGUGAGAGAUGAGAGCAAGAGAAGAGAAUCAGUUGAUUCGAACCAAACCUACACCAUUAGUGAUGACAAAGUUGGCGACUUGAAAAAAUCGUCCCAAAAACAUUUCACAACUUAUCACGAUUCCAAAACUGAGAGAAGAGAGUCAGUUGAUUCGAACCAAACCUACACCAUUAGUGACAAAAGCGAUAAAACAAGUGACUUGAAAAAGUCGUCACAAGAACAGUUCACAACUUAUUACGACUCCAAAACUGUAAGAGAUGAAGUUGGUAGUAAGAGGAGAGAAUCACUUGAUUCGAACCAAACCUACACCAUUAGUGGCCAAACUAGCGACUUCCGACAGUCAACAAGAGGCGAAGAGCACGCCAAGUCUAGUGAUUUCAAGUCUACAAGAAGUGGAGUGGAAGAUUUCACCUCCAAAUCUGGCGAUCUUCGCCCAAAAAACGGCGAACUGACCACCACCACCACUACCACCUACUACGAUUCUAAAGGCAAUGUGAUAAAGACAGUCCAGGACGUGAACACUGAUGAAAUCGCCGGUAAGAGGCGUGAUUCAGUCGACUCAAACCGCACCUACACCCUGAGCGAGAAAAGUUUCGCCGGCGAUUCAACCGACGAAGUCUCAAAACGGCGAACUGCUCAGACCACCACCGAUUCGCGCGACUUUUACGGCCAUGGGAUCGAUUCGUCAAACACUCUCGUGAAGACAGUUUACGACGAUAAAGCCAUCCAGAACACAAUCGGUACCAAAGGCAGAGUAAUCAAGGACGAAACGAUCGAUUCGACCGACUUGGUCUAUUCAAACGAACGCACUUAUGGAAAAACAGGCUGGAAUGGGAAGUUUACCUACGAAACGCCCAGAAAGAGUGAAGCUAAACGCUCGCCCUCGCCCCAAAAACGGGGCACUUCGCCGGCGAAAAAGCGAACACCGUCGCCUUCGACACCUAAAAAGGGAACUUCGCCGGAUAAAACGGCACCGAAAAGGGGAACUUCGCCGGUGAAGCGAAAAGUGACUGAUACCGUCCAGGAUUUUUUAUCGACUGAAAUCAGUGAGAACAUCAACCAGUGCAGUACAAGUGAUUCGAAAAGUACCACGGAUUUCCAACACAUGGUGCCAGCUCCUACUGAUUUCAAGACCUUCCAAACGGUCUCAGACUCGAAAACUAGCUUCACUUCGGACAGCCAAAGUUUUGUCGAUGUGAAAAAUUUCGUUGAGACAAGUGAGACUGUCGAUAUCAAAAAUGUUGAUAUCAGGGACACGAAAGUGAGCAACUUUGUGGACAAGAAAGCGACCGUCGAACAUGUGACCAGUAAGGAUGUUAAGGAUUUUCGCACGUCCAAGGAUGUCACAGAUAGGGUUAAUAAAGUGCACAUUGAGGAGAACAUUGUCGAUAUUAAGACCAUUGACGAGGUCGAGAAUAUCACAAAUAUUGAACGGUUCAGCGAUAAUAAAGUUAUAAAUAUUGUGAAGACCAUCAAAGAAACACCGAAGCCUGCAACUGUUAAGAUUCCCAAUAAGGAGCAAUGUAUCUGCGAGUUGUGCACGUGUGGACGUCACACGUGUCCUCACAACCCCGAAGACUACAACGAUCACUUACACCUCGAAGGCCCCUUUCUAGGCCAACCUAAAGACGAAUACAAUGCAACCAGAGGCGAAAGAGCCCCAAUUAUCAUACCUAAAGACAACCUAAAACCAGAAGGGGAUUUUGAAAAACGCCAGCCACAAAAAUGGCAACCUGGCGAAAGAGCCUCUGUAAAAAUACCGGAAGACCACCUAAAACCUGAAGGAGAAUUUGAAAAGAGACGACCUGAAGAAUGGAAACCUGGCGAUCGUGCGCCUGUGAAAAAACCUAAAGAUAAUCUACGACCUGAAGGAGAUUUCGAAAAACGCAAACCUGAACCCUGGGCACCUGGAGAAAGGGCUCCAGUGCGCAAACCUGAAGAUAAUCUAAGACCAGAAGGCGAUUUUGAAAAACGCAAACCUGAACCUUGGGCACCUGGUGAUCGGGCGCCCGUUAAGAAACCCCAAGACAACCUAAAACCGGAAGGUGAUUUUGAAAAACGGAAGCCUGAACCUUGGGCACCUGGAGAAAGGGCUCCAGUGCGCAAACCUGAAGACAACCUAAGACCGGAGGGUGAUUUUGAAAAACGGAAGCCUGAACCUUGGGCACCUGGCGACCGGGCGCCCGUUAAGAAACCCCAAGACAACCUAAAACCGGAAGGUGAUUUUGAAAAACGGAAGCCUGAACCUUGGGCACCUGGAGAAAGGGCGCCAGUGCGCAAACCUGAAGACAACCUAAGACCAGAAGGCGAUUUUGAAAAACGCCGCCCCGAGGAAUGGAGACCUGGCGAUCGGGCGCCCGUUAAAAAACCUGAAGACAACCUAAAACCUGAAGGGGAUUUCGAAAAACGCCAACCUCAGAAAUGGUCACCUGGUGAACGACCAAAACCUAAAAAACCUACCGAUAAUUUGAAACCUGAAGGCGAGUUUGAGAAACGAACGCCUGAAAAAUGGGCUCCUGGGGAGCGAGAACCGGUGAAGAAACCUAAAGAUAAUUUGAAACCUGAGGGCGAUUUUGAAAUACCUGAGCCUGAGCAGUGGAAACCUGCCGAAAGGUCUACGCCUACCAAACCUAAAGAUAAUCUGCAACCUGAGGGUGAUUUUGAACGACCUGAGCCUAAGAAAUAUCAACCGGGUGAAAGGCCAGUUGCAAGGAAGCCGCAGGAUAAUUUGAAACCUGAAGGUGAAUUUACUGGGACUAGGACCAUUAUUGAGGAUUAUCGUGUGAUUCGGGGAGAACGCGCCGAUAUCAAGCGUCAUGAAGACAACAUCACUAUAGGAGGUGAAUUUAUAGACGAAACUACCACUAAAGUUGAUUUUAAUGGCGAGUUAGUACCACGUCCUAGCCCAAUCCGACGCAACACUUGGACGAAAAUCGAGGGCGAAUUUAUCACAGAUACGACCAAUAAAUCCGAAUUUAUUGAUUACAGUACUGUUGUUGAAAGAACACAAAUUGUGAAAAGACGGCAAGAUAAUCUCACUGUUGAGGGAGACAUGACUUUUGAUACUUCAACCACGAUCGAUUAUACAGAAAAAACACCCGAACUCGAACAAAGGCGUCGCAGAACUUGGACGAAAGAUGACGUCGAUAAAUUCUAUUCAACGCAAAACACUGAAACAACAACAACAACGCAAGAAGUUUACAAACAGUUUGAUAACCAAGACGUUCGCCAAACAAUUAUUGUACACAGAGAUAACCUCAGGCCGGAGGGACCUUUUGAAGGAACACCAAAAUCAAAGGAUGACUUCGUCCCUAAAUAUGUUGAACGUCCUAAACCGAAAAAACCUGAAGAUAAUUUAAGACCAGAGGGUGAUUUUGAAAAACGCACACCUGAGAAAUUUGUUCCUGCGGAACGACCUAAGCAAAAGAAACCGCAAGAUAAUUUGAAACCUGAAGGCGAUUUUGAGAAACGCACUCCCGAGAAAUUUAUUCCAGCCGAAAGGCCUAAACAGAAGAGACCUGAAGAUAAUCUUCGCCCAGAAGGUGAUUUUGAAAGACCUACUCCGACCAAGGUUGGGCCUGGGGAACGCAGGACUCCAAUUAAACACCAUGAUAAUCUCAAGCCUGAGGGUGAUUUUGAAAGACCCGAAAAGCCUGGAUACAGGCCUGCAGAACGUCCACAACCUAAAAAACCUGAAGAUAAUUUAAGGCCUGAGGGAGAUUUUGAACGUCCAGAGAAACCUGGAUAUCGUCCAGCUGAGCGUCCAAAACAGAAACGUCCUGAGGAUAAUUUGAGGCCUGAGGGAGAUUUUGAAAGACCUGAAAAACCUGGAUAUCGCCCAGCUGAACGACCAAAACAGAAAAAACCUGAGGAUAAUUUGAGGCCUGAAGGUGACUUUGAAAGACCUGAAAAGCCUGGAUAUAGGCCUGCAGAACGACCACAACCGAAAAAACCUGAAGAUAACUUGCGGCCUGAAGGAGAUUUUGAACGUCCAGAGAAACCUGGAUAUCGUCCAGCUGAACGUCCAAAACAAAAGAGACCUGAGGAUAAUUUGAGGCCUGAAGGUGACUUUGAAAGACCUGAAAAACCUGGAUAUAGGCCUGCAGAACGUCCACAGCCUAAAAAACCUGAAGAUAAUUUGCGGCCUGAAGGAGAUUUUGAACGUCCAGAGAAACCUGGAUAUCGUCCAGCUGAGCGUCCUAAACAGAAGAAACCUGAGGAUAAUUUGAGGCCUGAGGGAGAUUUUGAAAGGCCUGAAAAACCUGGAUAUCGCCCAGCUGAACGUCCUCAACAAAAACGCCCUGAAGAUAAUCUAAGACCAGAAGGUGAUUUUGAAAGGCCGGAAAAACCGCAAUAUCGUCCAGCUGAGCGUCCAAAACAGAAGAAACCUGAAGAUAAUCUCAGACCUGAGGGCGACUUUGAAAGACCAACCCCAACCAAGGUUGGUCCAGGUGAAAGAAGAACACCUAUUAAGCAUGACGAUAACCUUAGACCUGAAGGUGAUUUUGAACGUCCAGAAAAGCCUGGAUAUCGUCCUGCUGAACGUCCAACUCCUAAAAAACCUGAAGAUAAUCUUCGGCCAGAAGGUGAAUUUGAGAGGCCGGAGAAACCUGGAUAUCGUCCAGCAGAACGUCCGAAACAAAAGCGUCCGGAAGAUAAUUUAAGGCCUGAAGGAGAUUUUGAAAGACCAACACCUACGAAAGUUGGGCUGGCAGAACGCAGAACUCCAAUUAAACAUGAUGAUAAUUUGAGACCUGAAGGUGACUUUGAACGUCCUGAAAAACCUGAAUACCGACCGGCAGAAAGACCGAAACAAAAACGUCCUGAAGACAAUCUUAGGCCUGAAGGUGAUUUUGAACGGCCGGAAAAACCCGAAUUUAGGCCAGCAGAACGUCCUAAACAGAAAAGACCUGAAGAUAAUCUUCGUCCAGAAGGAGAUUUUGAAAGACCGACUCCAACUAAAGUUGGGCCAGCUGAACGUAGGACACCUAUCAAGCAUGAUGAUAAUCUACGUCCUGAAGGAGAUUUCGAACGUCCUGAAAAACCUGGAUAUAGGCCUGCAGAACGGCCACAACCUAAAAGGCCUGAAGAUAAUUUAAGGCCUGAAGGUGAAUUUGAGAGGCCGGAGAAACCUGGAUAUCGUCCAGCUGAACGUCCGAAACCUAAGAAACCUGAAGAUAAUCUCCGACCUGAAGGAGAUUUUGAAAGACCUACUCCUACGAAAGUUGGGCCAGCUGAACGAAGAACACCGAUUAAACACUAUGAUAAUCUUAGGCCUGAAGGUGACUUUGAACGUCCCGAAAAACCUGAAUACCGACCGGCAGAAAGACCGAAACAAAAACGUCCCGAAGAUAAUCUUAGACCUGAAGGUGACUUUGAACGGCCUGAAAGGCCCGAGUUUAGACCAGCUGAACGUCCGAAACAAAAGAAACCGGAAGAUAAUCUUCGUCCAGAAGGAGAUUUUGAAAGGCCGACUCCAACUAAAGUUGAGCCAGCUGAACGUAGGACACCUAUUAAGCACGAUGAUAAUCUACGUCCUGAAGGAGAUUUCGAACGUCCUGAGAAGCCUCAGUACAGACCGGCUGAAAGACCUCAACCUAAGAAACCUGAAGAUAAUCUUCAUCCUGAAGGCGAUUUUGAGAGACCAACUCCAACCAAGGUUGGACCAGCUGAAAGAAGAACACCAAUUAAGCAUGGGGAUAAUCUUCGGCCUGAAGGAGAUUUUGAACGGCCUGAAAAACCCCAAUAUAGACCAGCUGAAAGACCUCAACCUAAAAAGCCUGAAGAUAAUCUUCGGCCUGAAGGCGAUUUUGAAAGACCGACUCCAACCAAGGUUGGUCCUGCUGAAAGAAGAACACCUAUCAAGCACGAUGAUAAUCUUCGACCUGAAGGAGACUUCGAAAGACCCGAAAAACCUGAAUUCAGACCAGCUGAACGUCCGAAACCUAAAAAACCUGAAGAUAAUCUUCGCCCUGAAGGUGAUUUUGAAAGACCAACCCCAACCAAGGUUGGUCCUGCUGAAAGAAGGACACCAAUUAAGCAUGGUGAUAAUCUUCGGCCUGAAGGUGACUUCGAACGUCCUGAAAAACCUCAAUACAGACCAGCUGAAAGACCCCAACCUAAGAAACCUGAAGAUAAUCUUCGCCCAGAAGGCGACUUUGAAAGGCCAACACCUACCAAGGUUGGACCAGCUGAAAAAAGAACACCUAUUAAGCACGAUGAUAAUUUACGUCCUGAAGGAGAUUUCGAACGUCCUGAAAAGCCUCAGUACAGGCCGGCUGAAAGACCCCAACCUAAGAAACCUGAAGAUAAUCUUCGUCCUGAAGGCGAUUUUGAAAGACCGACGCCAACCAAGGUUGGACCAGCUGAAAGGAGAACACCAAUUAAGCAUGGGGAUAAUCUUCGGCCUGAAGGAGAUUUUGAACGGCCUGAAAAACCCCAAUAUAGACCAGCUGAAAGACCUCAGCCUAAAAAGCCUGAAGACAAUCUUCGUCCUGAAGGUGAUUUCGAAAGGCCAACACCAACCAAAGUUGGUCCUGCUGAAAGGAGAACACCAAUUAGACACGGUGACAAUCUCCGACCUGAAGGAGACUUUGAAAGACCCGAAAAACCUGAAUUUAAACCAGCUGAACGUCCGAAACCUAAAAAACCCGAAGAUAAUCUUCGUCCUGAAGGCGAAUUCGAAAGACCAAGUCCAACAAAAGUUGGACCAGCUGAAAGAAGAACACCAAUUAAACAUGGUGAUAAUCUCCGACCUGAAGGAGACUUCGAACGACCUGAAAAGCCUCAAUAUAGACCGGCUGAAAGACCCCAACCUAAAAAACCCGAAGAUAAUCUUCGUCCAGAAGGAGAUUUUGAAAGACCGACUCCAACCAAAGUUGGUCCUGCUGAAAGAAGAACACCAAUUAGACACGGAGACAAUCUCCGACCUGAAGGAGACUUCGAACGACCCGAAAAACCUGAAUUCAGACCAGCUGAACGUCCGAAACCUAAAAAACCCGAAGAUAACCUUCGUCCUGAAGGUGAAUUCGAAAGACCAAGUCCAACAAAAGUUGGACCAGCUGAAAGAAGAACACCAAUUAAACACGAUGAUAAUCUCCGACCUGAAGGCGAUUUCGAAAGACCCGAAAAACCCAAAUUCAAACCAGCUGAACGUCCCCAACCUAAAAAACCUGAAGACAAUCUUCGUCCUGAAGGUGAAUUCGAACGGCCUGAGCUAAUAGAAGUGGGCCCGUGUGAAUUGCGCAAACCUAUCAAACAUGAAGAUAAUCUCAAACCUGAAGGAACACUUGUUGUUACCAGAAAGGACGAUUACAACGUUGUGAAAGGCGAACGAGUUGAUGUGAUCAAACGUGAAGAUAAUUUACGUGUCGAAGGAGAAUGGGAUAUUCGGCGAAGAGACGAUUACAGUAACACUACAGUCGUAGAUCGGGUCGAUGUUAUCAAACGCCAAGACAAUCUACGUGUUGAAGGAGAAUGGGAUAUUAGACGUAGAGAUGACUACAGUAAUACAACGGUCGUAGAUCGCGUCGAUGUCAUCAAACGCCAAGACAAUUUACGCGUCGAGGGCGAAUUCACCGAUGUACGAACACGAGAUGACUACAAAGUCGUCAAGGGCGAAAGAUACGAUACUGUCAUUCACCAAGACAAUCUAAAAACAGAAGGAGAAUUCCGAAGUAGUCGCACUAGCGACGAAUACUCCGUUGUCAAAGGCGAACGCGCAGAAAUCAUCACCAGACAAGACAAUCUCCGAAUGGAAGGCGAAUUCAACGAAUACCGAAAACGCGACGAAUUCAACACUCGAAUUGUCGAAAAAGCUGAAGUGAUCCGCCACCAAGACAACCUGAAACUGGAAGGCACCUUCGAACGCCCGUCCCACGUCCACCUAGGACCUGGCGAACGUCGCAAACCAAUCAAACACGAAGACAACCUCCACCCUGAAGGCGACUUCGAACGCCCAGACCGCCCCGGCUUUAAACCAGCCGAAAGGCCGUCACCAAUCAAACCCCAAGACAAUCUCAAACCUGAAGGAAAAUUCGAACUACCAACUUCCCCCGGUUUCCAACCCGGCGAACGUCGGACUCCGAUUCGCCACCAGGAUAACUUGCACCCAGAAGGCGACUUCGAACGUCCCCAAAGACCACAAUACCAACCAAUCGAACGCCCAACACCCAAAAAACCCAAAGACAACCUUAAACCCGAAGGAACAUUCGAACGUCCAACGGCAAGUCCCGUGGGACCCGGCGAACGGCGAAGCCCAAUCCGCCACCAUGACAAUUUAAGACCUGAAGGUGCGUUCGAACGCCCAGACAAGCCCGGCUAUAAACCAGGCGAACGCCCAACUCCGAAAAAACCCCAGGAUAACCUACGCCCAGAAGGGGAAUUCGAAAAACGAACCCCGGCGAAACCACAACCUGGCGAACGGCGAACUCCGAUCCGCCACCAGGAUAAUCUGCACCCUGAGGGUGCUUUCGAGCGACCCGAGAAGCCUAAAUACUCGCCUGGUGAACGCCUACCAAUGAAGAAACCCCAAGAUAAUUUGAGACCCGAAGGUGAGUUUGAAACCCCCCAGAAACCUAAAUACGGGCCUGGCGAACGUGCCCCCAUCGUCAAACACCCAGACAACCUUAAACCUGAAGGCGAAUUCAUCGGAACACCCAAAAGUAAAGACGAUUUUAAACCAACUCGGGGCGAACGAGCUCCGGUUAAGAAACCACAAGACAAUUUGAAAAUCACAGGAGAGUUCCAAGACAUGACAAUGCAGAAAUCACAGUUUGUCGUAACCCGAGGUGAGAGAGCAGAAAUACGCAAACAUGAAGAUUCCCUAACUAUAGGGAACGGCAAAACUGAAUAUAUCACCACAUCGAAGGAAACGUUUGAUAAAACAACGCCCACGAAAGUGGUCACAAGUCCAGCAACUCCUGGAUCCAUCAACAGGAGACGCCACAUUGAGUCACACAUUACUCUAGGGAGUGACACAGCAGUGAUGCAAACAACGAACCAAAGCAACUACAACACUUACACCAAGAAAAUUGAUCGCCAGUCAACAACAGGCCGUAACGAAGUUGCAAAUAAAACAACGAACGUUGCAACGGAUAGUAAGACUUUGGCUGACGGUACAACUGUCACAACAACUCGCACAACAACCAAAACAACAGGACAACAACUGGCGAAACAAACCCAGCAAGUCUCCGCCGAAGUGUCAACCCACCACCGCAAAAACGUCAUAACUUCGGAGGAAAUCAACAACCAGAUCCUGCACAGGAAAGGGCUGCACACCUCGACCGAAGCCCUGCAUGCCACGAGUUCGGCAGCCCUAGACAUGCGAAAGUCAAUCUGCAAUUUGCACGACCAAGGCCACGUGAGCCAGAACAGCGAACGGCGAAGUCUCAGCUCGAUCCAUCGCUCGACGCAGGAGAGCAACGCCAGCCGGCGCUCCCACUUUGCCACCAGUUACGAGACGGUGGAAAGGCCGCAGAAGAUCAUCCGCAAGGAUAAUUUAUCAGUCGGGGGGCAUUUCUACGGCCAGUCGGAGGCCAGGUCGUAUGGCGAGUUCACCAAGCAGCAGAAUGUGCAAAAAAUUGAACGGGUGACUCGCAGGUCCAACGUUUCGAAUAUAAGUUUAGGGGACAGUUCUUCGACGAUCAUCACGUCGUAUAAGAAGGAGUAUUUGCCGCGGAAUGUGGGCCCGUGUCCGGCGGUUUUGAUCGAUUUGCCCAAAAGUCCCCUGAAGCAUACGAGGGACACCAAGUCGCAUAAAUAUUACGCGCCGGUUUCGAGUAAAUGAUGGACUGUUAACACGACUCUAACAUUGUGAUACUUGUUAUUACUCAUAAUUUUAUUUUUAUAGAGGUAGGGGACGGUUUUUAUACUUUGCUUGGGACUUUUGUAUCAAUUAAUACGUGCCUAUGUUAUUUUUGUAUGAUGCAAGUUGUAUUAUCACAAAGCCAUCAAUAAAUUAACAGUUUAUUAUU